AUGGCCCUCACCCACUAUUACAGCACCCUUGCACUGUCAAGUACUGCGACCGUGUGGCACGUCACCCAGUGGUGCACUGUUGUUUCGCAAAUACGCUCACUAUGUGAUGCCAACUGGAGAGUUGUUCGUGUUGAAAGGGUGUAUAUGAGUUACGGGGGUGCUAGGGGAUGCGGGUGGAUAAUAGUCGUGUUUGUACUCUUGUCAGGCGUGAAAUGUAUGGUUGAGGCUAAAGACCUUGUCAUGGUGCGAUAUUUCACAUGGACAGGGCUCAGAGGCGUCGUUGUUGAUGUGGGCAUCAUCGAUGGUGGUGUCAUAUUGACACCAAUGACAGGACAUUCGCUGUCGCUCACAUGGAAGCUGUUGAUAACUCGAGAGGUACCAUUGGCAGCAUUCAUCAUCAAAGUUGAUGGUGAUGGUGUGGGAGUGAUCGUCGGUGUGGGAGGUGUCUUUUCUGGUGCUGUGGGUGCUGGAGCGGUUGCUGUCACCACUGGUGCAGGAAGAGCUGGCACAUGUGUUGUCGUUAUCGUCGUGGGCAGAGCUCUCGUGACUGUUCUCAUGGGCAGGUGUACCAUCAGUACUAACUUUGACAGAGGAACCAUGAUCGACAUGGGCGUUGAUGCAGAUCUCGGUAGUAGAUAUUUCUUGUCGAGGGAAAACAUACAGAGGACGAUGAGCAUGGAGAGAGGAUGCAAGUCGGUUUCCCCAGAUGGCAGACACAUAUUUGUAGGAUUAUACCGAUUCUUCUAUCUAUGUGCUUACAACGGGCUCACUAGUGUAUACACUGAAGCACAAGGCUACGUUGCCAUGCAUGGAGGGGAAGAAUUGGAAGCUGGAGAGGUAUUGGCCAUCUUUGCAAUUUCAUUUCUGCUCAGCACUUCGUUUACCUUUGCUGCCAUGGUCUUUACGUGCUCGUCAAAUAGGUAG